UUCAUUGUAUUUGUGUUAUUACUCUGUUGCUAUAAAAUACAAAAGUGCAAAGUGCUACUUUCCUUAUUAAAAAUGUGUUUUGGGGAUGCUGGCGUCGAUUUGUGGCAUUUCCAUUCAUUUCAAUGGGGGAAAGAAAAACAUCUCCACUGUGAGGUGUGUCUGUGUUUUCUGAUUUGUCGAGCUGGCUCUCAUUUUACAAUUCUGGUUCAAGUUCUGUUCCAGAUUCGAGGUUAAGUAGCUAUCCAGCUGCAGGAAAGAUGACUUUACAAAUGUCUUUCAUAGUGACGACAGAUGAAUGUUGUCCGUGCCGGGCCUCCAGUAGGCCACCAACGAGCUCGGGGGCACAGGAGUGUCUGAAAGCUGAGGGAUGAGUACGUGGUGAUGUCUCAAGUUGCCAAUUUGUGUGAGCGCUCGCGCGCAUGUGUAUCCAAAGUAGGGCCAUCCAAUACGGGAUAAAAUUAGGCCACGGCGUCCUUAUAUUGCUGACAGAGCGGUGGUGGCCAAAAAAAGCCUGCGGCGGUGCAAAGCCAACAAGAGGGAAAGAGAGGAGAGCAGGACCGCCGCCGACAUGGCCAGCAAAUUGAUGGACCUGGUUUACUGGAAGAGCACGAGCAGGACCGCAGUGGUGUUCACGGGCUUGGUGGUCUGUCUGGCCAGUCUGUUCCAGCUGAGCGCCAUCACUGUCCUCUCUCAUAUUUGUUUGGGCGUCAUGUGCGUCACCUUCCCGCUGCGCCUCUUCUACAAGCUGCUGGAGCUGCUGCGCUGGAACCCUGGGCUGCAUCCUUUCCAGUCAUAUCUGGACUAUGACAGUUCACUGACAGACAAGGGGACGGUGAUGCUAGUGGAAGAGGUGGUGCUUCUAAUAGCGUUCGCCGUCACAGAGCUCAAGCGUCUUCUUUUCAUUGACAACGUUUUUGAUUCACUCAAGUUUGUUUUGCUGCUGUACCUGCUGACCUAUGUCGGCGUUCUCACUGCUGGACUGACUCUGGUCAUAACUGCUGUCAUUGCUCUUUUUUCCUUUCCUCUGCUCUACAAAAAACAGCAGGUGAGGAUAAGGAGGAUUGUCAGAACUUGCAAAGCUUUUGAGAAGAAAAUUAACACUUGGUGCCACGCGGUGCAUGAUGCAGUCAAGUCGGCUCGUGCGCCAGGUGCCACCUCGAAACCCGCCCCCACGCCAACCUCCAAACAGAAAGUGAAUGCAAAGUAAAGAGCGCACGCGAGAUGUUUCGAUUUGACAAAAUGACCGUGGCGCUGGUAGUGACGCAUCCUCCGUAAGUCCACCGUGACGUCGGUUUUAAAGCACCGUCUAAUCGAUGUUGACAGCUGAAACAAAGCUGCUAUUCAUUAGGAGGGAAUGUGUGAUGAGAGAAGAAUUUUAUUCAGCAAGAUACUUUGUGUGGGAAAACUGAUUCACACAUCCACUUCAGUCAGGGACAGCAUGCAUUUUUAGUGGUAACAGGUCUAUUUUUACAUUACCACAAGCACUGUGUUCCUGUCGAGAUGCAAAAUUAAGCUUUUUUUUAUCUACGGAUAUAAUUUUAGUAAAACUGACAUGAACCUCACCUGCCAC